CCCGCGCCGCCAUUUUGUAGACACGCGGGGGAGCCGCGCCGGGCCCCGCUCGCCGCCCUCAGAGUAAUCAGCCAAAAUGACGAACACAAAGGGGAAGAGGAGGGGGACGCGUUACAUGUUUUCAAGGCCAUUCCGCAAGCAUGGCGUUGUCCCUCUGGCCACCUACAUGCGCAUCUACAAGAAGGGCGACAUUGUUGAUAUCAAGGGUAUGGGCACCGUUCAACAAGGGAUGCCGCACAAAUGUUACCACGGCAAGACGGGGCGGGUAUAUAACGUUACUCAGCAUGCUGUGGGCAUCAUUGUGAACAAGAAGGUUAAGGGCAAGAUUCUUGCCAAGAGAAUUAAUGUGCGUAUUGAGCAUAUUAAACAUUCAAAGAGCAGGGACAGCUUCCUGCAGCGUGUGAAAGAGAAUGAAAGGAAGAAAAAGGAAGCAAAAGAAAAAGGCAUCUGGGUUCAGCUGAAACGUCAGCCGGCUCCGCCAAGGGAAGCACACUUUGUGAGAACCAAUGGCAAGGAGCCAGAGCUGCUGGAGCCAAUUCCAUAUGAAUUCAUGGCAUAAUGUAUGUUUAAAAAAAAAACUAAAUUAAAAAUUUGGUUUUGGACACGUAUAUGUGGUGGUUUGCUGAUUUCUUUCAAUAUUUCUUGAAACAGAUGCUUCAGAAAACCUACACUUCAUUUUACAGGUUACUUGCUUGACUUGCCUCGCRUGGUGCUAGGUUGCUAGAUAAUCUGCAGCUCUUGCUCAUCUCCUUGGUCAUUUAUGUAGACUAUAAAUCUYGGACACUGAAAUUUGCUAGUGCUCAAUGAUGAUCAUCCCUCGUCGAUUACCUCCUGAGGUAAUGUGAGAGGACAUGGAAUAUUUCACCGGCGAACUGAGAGCACGUACAAGGCUUGUACAGUGUAAUUUCAGGAUUUAUUUUUCUAUGGAAAUAGAGAUAACAGGCUUCAGAUCUCACUUCUGAUAAAGCUUUGGUUAAAGGACUUAGAUUAAAACAAAGGAACAUUUGAUUCACAGUUUAUAAAAUUCUUUUGAGAUGAUUGUGGGUGUGCUUUAGUGUACCAUUAUUGUAACCCCUAAGAGUGUCCUCAGGCCAGGAAACAUUAGGAAAAAGUAUUAGUUGAGAAACAAAUUUCUGCAUUCAAAACGGUCUCUCCUUUUAUGUUUAUUGUAAUCAGCCUGCAUAGCUGAAUACUUGGAUUUUGUGUGGAAAAGGUAAUUGGGUGUCUCCAAGUAUUUAUUGUAAUGCUUUCUUUGUGCUCGUUGAUACCAUAGGAAACUGAUCCCAGUGCUGCCUGCCCAGUGUUUCAGCUCGCUACUUACAGACUCUUCCUUUAGUUUUUGGGGGCAGUGGAUGAAACCGUGUAAAGGUUACUAAGGAAACUGCCAAGGUUACUUGCUCAAUUAACGUUGAAAAUGCAUAAGCWGAACAUAACUCUUGGGAUAAGGAUGACAUCUUCUGUUCCUAGGUGUGAUGUGAAGCACUGCUUAGCUUCCUCAAGUAAGUGAUGCUGAACUAAUCUCCACAUGGGUAAAAUCCUAAGAAAGCUGGUGACCUGGAGCAUUUUGUAGGUACUGGCUAUUGAAAACURUUGAAAUAAUCUGCUGUAGAAAAACUGGUUUGGGAGUAAGAAAUGGAGAGGUGCUAAGGCUUGAUUUUUCCCUUAAUUGUAGAGCUGCUCUAAGCAGAAGUAUAAAASUGUAGGUAUUUGAUUGCUUCUAAGUGAAGGAAUUAAGCCUAGUUCACAGUUGUUUGACCCUGGAUUAUGGUGCUCAUGGAAUGUAGUGCCUAGAUAUAGAAAUCAUCCUGUGCCUCGGCCUGUCACUGCAGGACAAGAGGCUUUGAGCACCAGAAGCUCUUAGACCCAUGAGCAGGUGCUGCAGUUGCUGUUUCUCCAGACACUCAUUUCAGGAGCUGGAGCUGUGGGAAUGACUUAGACUUGGAAACUGCCUUGACAAGGUGGACCAGGCUCAUCUGUGAUACCAGGGACACUUUUUGAAUCUUGGCAUCCUAUG